CAUCUCAGUCACAGUAUGGAGAGGACAUUGAACGCACCACAGUAACAGUAUGGCGGCCGCGGCUGGAGCACGUCAACUUCUUCGAGAUUCCUUCCAGAAAACUGUGUAAAGGUGGUGGAUUUAUUACUAUACCGCGGUCAAAAAUAUCAGCCACACUGACGAGGACCGAGGCACGGAGGUUUGCGGCCCGCCCUGGGGGACUCACGGCCGGGUGACUGCGGCUGGUGCGAUGCGAGUGGAGCCGCAGUUAAGUCCAGAAACUCCCCUGAUUUAGUGGCAGUUAGCCGGGGCUAGUUAGCUCACCUCACCGCUAGGCUAAGCUAACCUGCUGUCGCUUUCUCGGCUUCGUUGCGGCAAUUACCUGGGAUUUCCCUCAUUAAUUAUUAACACCAAGCGACAGGGAUGGCAUUUCGGCUUCAGCUGGUUAGCGAACUGAUUGAGAAGGGCCAAGAGAAAACAUUUGGAGUUAUUGGUGAUAAGUUUGUCAUUAGCCUAGCCUAGCCUAGCCUGCCGCUGGUACUACGCCAAAACCAGGCGCUAACUACCCUUCUCACCCCAGUCUACAGCUUCCAUUAGCAUUUAGCCGCAUCGACAGACUUCAAACCAGUCUGGACAAGUAUUUGCACGAUACUUGAGUUAAUAAGACAGAUUUUAGACGUUGGAAUAGAAUGUUUUAGCCUUAGUUAGCGUAUUUUUUCUCAGGGUUGCCUGGUAAAGGUGUUGAUAUGAGGGAGUGGUGAUAUUAGCUUAUAUUCCGUGUAUUGCCACUGCUGAAGCACAUUAUUAUUGACAUGAAGAUUAGGUUUGCUUAAUUCAAGGCGUGUUAACUUCAGAGACCAAGCGCAGAAAGACGUGCAAGAAGUGGUGAAGCAUAAAUUGAUUGUACUUUUAAUAGCUUUACAUUGAAUUAUUUCUAUGGUGAGUUGUACGGGACGGUAGCGUUAGAUUUGAUGGACGUGGAGGGCUGUCAGUGCUAUCCUCAGUCAUGUAUGUCUUGACACAUGGCACCGCGGUCUGUACAUAGUGCCUAGUCUUGUAUUGCUGCUUUAAGGUUUAGGUAUGUAGUUUUAGUGGCGCUAAAAUUGUAAACCCUGGACUUAAGCCUGGAGUCCUAGUACUCUAUUAAUCCCCAGAUAAUUACCCUCUCAGCUGCAACACUUGUCCAUUUGACCAAAUUAAUUAGUCUUCACAAGUACUCCAGAGGUCUAAUAAGGUUCUAGUUAGGUUUAAUAAGUAAUUUGGUGUGGUAAUAGAAUAAAUGAGACACUUUCCAUAAUUUUGUUUGUGAGUUUAUAACUAAAAAUCAAACCUUCAAUCAAUGAGUAACAAGUAGGUCCAGUUUGUUACUGAAUCCAAGAAAUGUGCUUCAAGUGGUGGACAAUGCACAUUAGUUAGUGCCUGAAGGAUUUACCAGACACUAAACUCAAGGAAGGGGACCCGGUAGAGUGGGAUAUUUUUUUUCUUGUGGAGAGACCAAGCAGUAUCAGCCACUCUGGAGCAGGACGGCCUCUCGUUGGUGUCUGGUUGGAGCAACACGCUAAAGUCCAAACCGAUGCCGUCUGCGCUGGCUGUGUUCACGUGCCGACCAAACUCGCACCCGUUCCAGGAGCGCCAUGUUUACCUGGACGAGCCCGUCAAGAUCGGCCGCUCUGUGGCCCGCUGCCGACCUGCCCAGAAUAACGCCACCUUCGACUGCAAAGUGCUGUCCAGGAACCACGCGCUUGUCUGGUUCGACCAUAAGACCGGCAAGUUCUACCUCCAGGACACUAAGAGCAGUAAUGGCACCUUCAUUAACAGCCAGCGCCUGAGCCGGGGCUCCGAGGAGAGCCCCCCAUGUGAGGUUCUGUCUGGUGACAUCAUCCAGUUUGGUGUCGACGUCACUGAGAACACCAGGAAAGUGACUCAUGGCUGUAUCGUGUCCACGAUCAAACUGUUCCUUCCAGAUGGGAUGGAGGCUCGCCGCCGCAGCGAUGUCAUCCAGACUCCACUGCCGCUGCCUGUAGACAAGGUGUCUGCCAACACUCCCAGUAUGUACUCUCAGGAACUGUUUCAGCUCUCCCAGUACCUACAGGAGGCCUUACACCGAGAGCAGAUGUUGGAGCAGAAACUGGCCACUCUUCAGAGACUCUUAGCCACGACACAAGAAGCUUCAGAGAGCAGUUGGCAGGCCUUGAUCGAUGAGGACCGGCUGCUCUCUCGACUGGAGGUGAUGGGCAGCCAGCUUCAGGCCUACUCCAAGUCGCAGACGGAGGAGAGCAUCCGUAAAGAGCUGCUGGCGCUGCAGGAGGACAAACACAACUAUGAGACCACAGCCAAAGAGUCUCUGAGGCGAGUGCUGCAGGAGAAGAUCGAGGUUGUACGAAAACUGUCUGAGGUCGAGCGUUCCUUGAGUAACACAGAGGAUGAGUGUACUCAUCUUAAGGAGAUGUCAGAACGGAGUCAGGACGAGCUGAGGGAACUGGCCAAUAAAUACAACGCCUCAGUGAACGAGAUCAAGGAGCUCACAGACAAAAUCAAGGCUGCAGAGGUGCGGUUUGAGGAGCAGUCUCAGAGGGGUGUAUCUGAGCGCAGAGAGCUGGAGCUGAAGGUGGAGGAGAUGGAGGAGAAGGAGCAGGUUCUUCAGGCCCGAAUUGAGGCUCUGCAGGCCGACAACGACUUCACCAACGAGAGGCUGGCUGCGCUGCAAGUGCGGUUAGAGCAGCUUCAGGAGAAAAGCAUAAAAGAAAACAACAGUUUGGAUGUGGAUAUAGAAAUUUGCGGCACGGUAGAAGAGCUCGAAGAGGACAAAAAGAACCAAAAGAGAGAACACAAAGUGCCCCCAGAGGUGGAGGAGGAGAGUGACCCCACAGAAGUAGUGGAAGUCAGAGGGGACAUUCUGCCUGAACUCAUCUCCGUGCCACAAGAGCCCGGAGAGGACAAAAACAACCAAGAGGAAUCACUACACGAGGAAGAGGAGGAAGACACAGACACCGACGGGGAGCAAGAUGAUGACAACUGUCACCUAAACAACAGCGGAGGAGACUCGACUCGAAUACAGCAGCUAAUAGAAUGUCCGCCGGUGAAACAGUCUGUCAGUUCUGCCCUUCACAAAAUUGCCAACUUUGAUGAAGUGAUGGACGCUCAUCUCCAAAACAAUCAAAUAUCUGAGGACGAUAACCUAGGCAGCCCUGAUCGGCUCAAAGCAGGAAAUGCGAUGGACGCCAAAGAGUCGGACAUGUCGGACACUCUGAGCCCGAGCAAGGACCGCAGCAGUGACGACACUUCAGAUGGAAACAUGGACGACCAGGAUCUGAAUGAACCUCAGAACAGAAUGGCUUUGCUCAAAGCAGAGCUGCACCGAGCGGGACUGGAGCCCUCAGACACAGAACAGGUGAUUCACCACCUGCACCGUGAGCUACUCGGAGCUCAGGAGAGGGCCAACGCCGGCAAGCACAAGUGCCAGCAGCUACAGGCUCUUCUGGAGGAGGAGCGCAGGAACAACCUCCAGCUCACAGAAGAGUCGAACAAACAAAUCCAGUACCUGCAGAGUCAGCUAUUGAAGCUUCAGGCCGAUAUGGAGGCUCUGAGAGAACAGAGGGAGAGCGCCAUCUGCAGCACCAGAGAGGAACUGUACUCUGCCCAGGAGGAGAUCCUGGUCCUUCGUCACGCGCUGGACUCGGCCUCCUCUGAGAGAGAGAGGGAGAUCUCUGCUCUUCAAUCUGACCUGGUAUCUGUGCGAUUGGAGCUGGAGCAGUGGAGAAACACAGCCACAAAAUAUGAGCAAGAAAUCAGCCAUCUGCAAGAGGUCUUCAGUCAGCAGCAGACAAACACCCACAGCCAAAUACAAGCGGAGUGUGUGUCAUUGCAGCAGAAGUGUGUGAGUUUGCAGCAGGACUGUGACGCGCUCAGAGCUGAACGCACCACUCUGACCGACAGACUGCGCCACCUGGAGGAUGAGCUGAUCAGCUCUCGACAGCAGAGCCAGGUUCUGAGCAGCAGUCUCGAGUCCCUGGAGAAACGUGAGGAGGUUCUUCAGGACAAACUGGGCUCUUUAGAAAACCAGCACCUGCAGGACGCCACCAGCCUGAAGACCCAACUGCACCAGGCCCAGGAGCGCACUAGCACUCUACAGAGAGAGUACGAGGACACACAGUCGCAGCUGUCGGACCUGCGUCAGAGAUAUGAGCGAACAGAGAGAGAGAAACUGAACAUCCAUCAGGAACUGGAGCAAUGCAAGAGCAGUCUGAAGCUCCUACAGGACAAGACCACCUCUAGCGGCUGGAGCCCCUGGAUGCCGGUCGUCGCAGUGAUGGUUGCCGUGACAGCCGCCAUUCUUUACCCCAACCUCUCCAAGAGCAGCGCCACCUAAGGGCGGGAAGCAGAACUACAAGAAAAUGUAAAAAUAAACAGAAAAAACAAAAACUCCACAUAGGGAGUGGACAUGCAACAUCAAGUCUAAAUAUCGUAAGGAUGGGUGUGCUGAGGAGAGCUUUACUUGUAAAAAGUCAAAUUGUACAUAAUUGUAGAGGGAUAUAAGGUUGUGGUUUGUAUGGAGGAGGAGAUUUUUGCGUUUAUUUACUUUUGUUUUUAUUCUCGGCUCUCUCGCUCUGGUGGGGGCUUCCUGGGUUUGUCUCACUGCUGAAUUAUUCAACCAGCGUCACAAAUGAUCUUGGAAACUGCAUAAAAUUGCACCAUAAGGUUUAAAAAUCAAUCCUUUCCAACUGCUAUCACACACAUAAUUUUUGUUUUUCUAAUAAUUAAAAUUCCUGUUUUAGUUUAAAUAUUUUUGUACUGUAACUUGAUAUACCUACUUUAACUUAUGAACAAAGUAACACAUUUUUAUUGGCCAAAUUAUAGUCCGAGCAGAAAUCUGAAGCAUUCCUGCAUUUGUAAAAAAUAAACAAAAAACAUAAAAAAACCAAAACAAAACAUGAACUGGGUGGUACUGGUAGUUUCUUCAAAAAUAACAAUUUGACCGAAAAAUAUUUUCACUUCAAAAAUAGAAAGGUUUAGAAAAAAUUUUUGUAAAAUAAACAAUGCGAACCUGUCAUUUUAAAAAUAUUUUUUAUUUAUAAAAAAUAUAACAAUUUCAUUUUUAUGUCUUAUGCAAUUACUUAUUUUUAUAAGUAAUACAUUAGACAAACUUGCAUUUAAAGUUGUAAAUAGUUAGACUUAAAUUGACUUAAUCCCUAAAAAAUGUAAUAGUUGGAAAGCAUUGAUUUUUCAGGCAGUGUUUGGGCGCUCCGUUCUUGUUUCUACUCAGCGCGUUCCUGUUUUAAAUGGUAGUUUUGUUUUGGGAGGCGGGGCUCAGACUUUAAGCCAAAUUAAUGAUUGAAUAAAUAAUAAAGUUUGAUUUUAUUUUAAUUUUUUUCCUGCUUUUUUUUCCAGAAUUUUGUGGCGCGCACAAAGAAAGGGGGGGAAGUGCCUCUUAUGUAACUAAUACCGUAAAAAAAAUCACGUUUUUCCUGAAUGAGAUUAUUUCACCAAAAGUUUGUUUCAGUCAACAGAAAUGCAACUAAAUCAGACGCCAUGUUUUUGAUAACUUACAAUAAAUAAUAAGCAAUAAUACAAUUUUGACAAGAAUUAUUACUUUUUAAACCAAUAUGUUAUAUAUAAUUAAACAGCACUUACAACGGUGGUAGUAAAAAAAACCUUAUCAAUUUUGUUUAAAAAAAAAUAGAAAUAAUCCAUGCUCCCAUAUAUUGGUAUUUCUUGCAUUUAUUUGCGAUCACCAUAUUGAGUUAAGCAUUUGCCAUCAACCAGGGGCUCAUCGGUUCAGCCCGGCUGGUAAAGAUUUUUGUGGUGUCCCUUGGCAAAACACUUCACCCUGUAUCUCGGAAUUGUUAUUACUGGGAGGAUAUCUGGUGUAAUGUUUUAAAACUAGACGACUUACAAUUUAUAACUAAUAUUAAAAGCUAAUAAAAUGGCAUCAGUUUGGAUACCUAUUUUGUAAUACUUUUUUAUAUUUUCACAAAUAAAUUAUUUUAUUCAAUUGUUCAAAACUGUUGUGUAGUAUUAUAUAUAUUUGACAUGCUCUUAUACAUAAGGCUUUUCCCCUGACAAAUGAGUUCAAAUCUAACACAAAACUACCGGUACAUCAUUACAAUGGGCCAAAUCUAAAGUUAUUCUAACACGUGGUGUCUGAUUGAGCAGCGUCUCUUGAUUCAUUUUGUUAUUUUUGUCACUAAACGUCACAUUUUUUCAGUGCGUGAGAAUUUCGUGUCCAUUAUCCACACUUUGUCCGUGUAAAAUCUCUGUCUUGUCGUCUUCGUGUUCUGAAGAAUUUAAACUACGAACAAAUAUAAGAAACACUACAGAGAAUUGUAAAAUAGGUGUAAUGAGCGGAAACGUGUCUAGAUUAUUUUGUUUAGAGAGAGCUGUAGAGCAGAGUAUUAUAAGGAGGAGGAUGUAUUGAAAAUAUGCAGGUGUUUGGAAUAAAAGUUGUAGCAAGCUGACCCACCA